UUUCCGGUGCGAGGACGAAUAAGCAAAAGCUGGUGAUGUGACACGUGGAUGAAUAUGGUCCAUUGGAUGGUCAAAGCAAAGAUGAGGUUCACUGAUCCCGGCCGAGAUUUAUUGAAACUGAAAGAGAACUGUAGAGUAAUGCUGAGUGAUAGAUUUUCAUGUUCCCCCACGCACACAUGACACACCCUCUCUCACUCACCCUCCUCACAUAACACUCGUAACAGUAACACACUCUCAGUUCAUGGCAGCAAGGCCAACCUAAAUUCCUCUUGAGUAGCGUAGGAUACAGUACUCUACAAAAGCAAAAGCAAGAGAGUAGAGAGAGAGAUAGUAGUGUUGAAUUGGUGAGACCAUAAUUCAUAAAUGAGGCUUGCACAGUAGAGUAGAUGGGUGCAGUUACGAUGGCGGCGUAGCAGAGGCUCUAAUUCCGUGCCAUAAUUGCUUCCGAGAGACCACCAACUCCACAUCCUAUUUUCUUUUCUCAUUUUCCAAUUGUUUUUUUUUUUUUUUAAAUUUAAUUUACCUUUUUUCCUUUCUUUUUUUGGUUGAGAAACAGUUUCCCCCAAAAGCUGCAAAAACCCAACCAGCAGCCCAGAGAAGAUCAUAAUAGAGACGCCCCCACACACAACAAAUUAAAACACGGCGACCUAGUGCGAGCGAACAAGACAAAAAAAAAAUCGGUUGGGUGAAAUUAAAACUAUAGGAAGCAAACCUAGUAGUGUUGUGGUAGUAUCUGCAAAGCGAGCCUUAAUUAAGGCGAAAAAUUACAGCUGUAGGCGGGAUCUUUAGUAGAGUAUUUUAAGAUUGGCGGAGGUUCUGAUGCUAUGGAUAUUGUGUCUGAAUUGGGGAUAACCGUUUCAGCUUGGGGGUGCAGGUGCAACAAAUGGCUGGGUUGUUCUCUCUAGGCCCACAAAACAAGGUAGAGGGAGAGGGAGAGGGAGAAAAAGGAGAUAGUAACACUAACAGGAAUAACCUAUUGUUGUUCAGGAACGAGGAGAUCUACAGCAACAAGGGGUUCGAGAUAUGGCCACAGGCACAAGCGUAUCAUCACCCCAACAUGAGCAACUACUUUGCGUUUAGAGUGGGUCCUAGUCGCAGGAGCGUGAACGAGGAGGACGUGUCGUUCUGCGUGUCGGAUGAGUCAACUAGAUUUGGAUUAACUGUGAUGAGGUCUGGAGGCUCAGGAAGCGGUGGCGUCAACUGUCAGGACUGUGGCAACCAAGCCAAGAAAGACUGUGCGCAUCUCAGAUGCAGAACUUGCUGCAAGAGCCGAGGGUUUCAGUGCCAAACCCACGUCAAGAGCACUUGGGUUCCCGCAGCCAAACGCCGCGAACGACAACAACUACUCGCUGCAUCGCACCACCCACAACUAUGCGGGGGAGACAAUAUUCCUAAACGACACAGAGACUCUCAACUUGCCUGCUCUUCUCAACCCAUCACUACCGCAGGGUUAGAGCUGGGGCAAUUCCCACCUGAAGUGAACACUUCGGCGGUGUUUCGGUGUGUGAGAGUGAGCGCAGUGGACGCUUCAGAUGAACAGUGUGCGUAUCAAACCUCUGUCAACAUCGGAGGGCAUGUUUUCAAGGGAAUUCUCUACGACCAAGGCCCCGAAAGUUCUUACACUAGUGCACCGGCUGAGGGUUCCUCCGGUGGUGAACCUCAACAACUUGGUUUAAUAACCGCCGCAACCACAGCCACAACCGGUGGGAACCCGUUUGAACCUUCACUUUACCCGGCUCCGCUGAAUGCUUUCAUUGCUGGUGGUACGCAAUUCUACCAACCCCCGAGAUCCUAAAGACGUGUCUUUCUAUCUAUGCGGACAAUUAUUGAAACCGAGUUUUUUUUUCCUUCCUUUUUCUUAUUUUUUUGUCAUUAAUUGACUCAUGUUAGAGUUAUUGAUUAUCUUUGUUCCUCGGUAUAUCCAUUUGAUCUUAACUACGCAGGCUGAAGUAGUGGCUAGCUAGUUAGAAGGAAAAGUAGUUAAGAAUUUUUAUUAAAAAAAAAAUGAUUGUGGCAAUGAUUCUAGUGCAUGAAAUUAAAGGGGCCGCCGGGGAUACUUGUUAUGUGUUAUCCGAAUGUCAAUUCAGAUUUUCAUCGUUAUUUUGAUUUUAUGGGUAA